CUUGUUUUCAAAUCGAAUGGUUCCAACUUGCAAGAGUCGACAAUAGACAUGCAUGUCUCGCCAAUAGAAUGGCCAACUAACCUCAGGAAAUCUCCCAUCAAUAUCACAGAGUAAAGCGAAUGAAGAAGAAGACCAACAAUGGUUUUGAGUUCUGCGAUGUCUGCAAACUGAAUCACAACCAAGGCAGGAAGCACAACUACUUCCCCAGCCACAAGAAAUCGCUGGAGGCGACGCUCUCUCGGUUCCGAUCGAAACUCGCUGACAUCCGCUUCUUCCUAAAAAACCCUACCCCUCUUCGCUCCGAACAAGCCCCUCUCAAUCGCCUCUGGUGCGUGUUCUGCCAAUUCGAUAUCCUUGAGCUCCACAGUUUCCACACCAGUGAAAAUGCUAUUGCGCAUCUGGCAAGCGAGGACCAUUUGAAGAAAUUGAAAGGAUUCCUAUGGAAACACGGCGGUGCAAUGGACAAAAUAGAUUUCUACCGGAUUAAGGAGCUUGAUUUUGUUAAGUGGAAAAAACAAUGCAAAGCUUCAAAGAAGGAGGCUGUUUGUGAAGAAACUCAUGGGCCCUUAAUUGGACCGUCAAAUGAUAUCCAUAAUGAAAUGAACUCUGACUAUGUAAAUAGUUUUGCAAUAGAUAAUAUCCAUGCUGAUAACAUUGACUUUUCGAAUUGUGUUGUGCCUUUACAAAACUGUACUAAUGAGAGGUCUCAGAUAUACGAAUCAGAGUUACCAAUCACACAGGGUGGUCACAUGGGCUCAAAAUACGGGGCCAGUUCAUCCUGCAUUAAUUCAUCUAGGUAUGGGAUUGCUGGACAAUCUACACCAUCGCUUGGAACUGCAAACUUAUCUUCUCAUCCUCUCAUUAAUGGCUUUGCACCCCUGAAAGAGAAAAAAGCUAAAGAGGGAACCGUUUCUUUGGCAGAAGAAGCCAUCAUAGGGAAUGUUCAUUCUGGAGCACCUCCUCCGUGGUUAGAUGCUUUUGAACAAAAUCAGAUAGAUUCUUUGUCAAAGUCUGGUCAAAAUGGCCUUGACUCUUUAUGUCAAAAGAGUAAAUGCUCUAAACUAAACCCAAAACGGGUUGGUGCUGCAUGGGCUGAGAAAAGAAAACUUGAGAUGGAGUUGGAGAAGAAAGGAGAACUUGUCAUGAAAAAUGCUGAUGCAAAUUGGCUUCCCAAUUUUGGAAGAGUUUGGCAAACUGGCAGUAGGAAGGAAUCUAGAAAAGAAUUUCAGAUUGAAAAAAAGUUGUCUGGGAAAAUUGAGAGCCAAUCAUCUAGUGUGAUACAAUUACAGCCUUAUAUCAGCAAACGAAUGCGCAAGGAUUUGGUGGAUAUUCCUGAGCAGCCAAGCAGUCCGGAGUAAAGCCUUAUUUAGACUACAGAGUGCAUCAUUGUAUAUAGAAGUAGUAAACCCAUGUGUUGUUCUGCUAGGGGUUGAAAUAUCUUUAUCUUUAUAUAUAUAAAGAUCCUAUGGUGGGAUUUCAGGUGGGAUCUAUUUAAAGCCAAAACAUGUGAAAAAUUGUUGUCUCAAUUAAGUAUCUAUAUAGUUUUAUAAAGUAAACUUGAGUUAGAAAACAAUGAUGUGUCAACUUCUUAUUGGAUA